AUGCAUUACUAUUAAGUUUCGAAUCAGAAAAACAAAACUUUUAAAAUCAGUCUUUUUUAUAUACUCGUAGAAUUUUCAUCGAUAGUCAAUAAUUAAAGUAAAUUUCCAUAAUGGCUGACGAGGAGGAUCCAUGGGGGUUUGAUGAUAGUGCUCAGACUGCAGCUGCUGAACCUGCUGCACCAAGUGCAGAACAGCCUGCUGCUCAAAGUGCUACAGCUGUAAGUGGUGAACAAGCGGAAACUGGAGAACAAGCUGCUGAACCAAGUGGUGAACCAGAAGAAACAGCAGCUGCACCACCUCCUCCACCGGAGGAUGACGGCUAUAGAAAACCAGUGCAAUUAUAUCGGCACUGGGUAAGACCUAAAUUUCUUCAAUAUAAAUAUAUGUACAAUUAUCGGACCAACUAUUAUGACGACGUUAUCGACUACUUGGAUAAAAAGCAAGUGGGUGUAACUAGAGAAAUACCUAGACCACAAACAUGGGCAGAACGUGUUCUUCGUACAAAUACUUGCAGCGGAAGGGACUAUGAUUCUUAUGCAACAUCAAAUAAGAGAGAAAAGCAUCUUAUACAGACCCUAGCUGCUUCCAUUCGGGCUUACAAUUACCACACCAAAGCAUAUAUAAAUCAAAAAUAUGCAAGUGUUCUUUAACUUUUUUUAUUUCAUUUUCAUAUCGAGAAAUUACAGUAAAU